AUGGCGGUGGAUUUUAUUCACUUCUCUGUUUUCACACUUUGCAAAGUCAUUCUGUGGGCCGGAUUAGACCCUUUGCAGGCCAUUUCUGGCUCUCAGGCUUGCUUCAUCCCCAGAACACCUCGCAUAGAGGAGGACGCUGGCAACCACAGACUGGUAGAACAUCCCAAGGAGUUUGCUGCAGACAUUGAAGGACCGCAGCCUCCUCAGGAAGUACAGCCGGCUCUGUCCUUUCUGUCAGUGUUGGCUGACCAGUCCAGUUUUUGUCCAGGUGUACCCCUAGUGAGUGAGUUCUUUAAUGGGACUGUAUUCAUGGAGCGCUCAUGGCCAGAGGCAGAGAGGUGGCUGCUGGUGGCGGUGUUGGGACUGGAAAUGCUCAUGGGAGUUGUCGGAAACUGUCUCGUGCUGCUGGUCAAAGUCAUGUGCAGGGGUCGGUUCUGCUGUCGUUAUUGGCUUCCUUUCAUGAGUCUCACUUUGUCAGAUUUAGGCUGCUCCCUCCUCAUCAUCUCCGGCUCCCUGUUGGCCAUGCUGACAGGAGGUCAGAGGUCACCGUGGUGUGAGGUCGUCAGCCUGCUUAAAUUUGCCUUCAUCACUUCCUCUAUAGGGAGCAUAGCUAUCCUCUGCGUUCAACGGCUGGUUGGCAUGGCUUCUACAGGAGGUGCUCUCUUUGGUAUCAUGGUGACGGCCUGCUUAGCUUCUUGGGUGACAGGGUUGGUGUUCGGGAGCGUCCCUGUUGUCUAUGCCUGGAUCCGGUAUGACCCUGCUGAGAUGCUGUGUGCUGUCUUCUGGGAAAACAGCUACUCAGACAUGUUGGUCUACAUUCUCUGUGCUUUCUCCAUCUCUAUCUUCCUUCCCUUCCUCCUCAUAUUCCUCUGCUCUAUACUGAGUGCCACUGGCUGCUGUUCUAGUCGUAACAGUGACGAUGAAGCAGAUCUGUCUGCAGUCUCUCCUCUCCUGGUGGCCUCCUACAUCCUCUGCUACACCCCCUUUGUUGUGUCUGAGCUGGUCCUGCUGGGGAGAAUAGACUUGUCACCGGCACCUGAUUGGUUAAGGACACUAUCAUCAGUGAUGUCAUACCUGGACUGUGGUCUGAACCCUCUUAUUUACUGUUCCCACCGUGACUUCCGAGAAGCAGGCCUGGCCCUGCUAUGGACCAAUCAGAAACCAUCAUCAGAGCCUGUCCUCACUUCUAUCACUAAACAUGAUGUGUAAACAUGUAAGAGGU